AUGUUAAAGACAAGAUUACAAGAGGAACAAUUGACAUUUCCGUCACUCAACGAAUUAAGAAGCUUAUUACCUUCAACAAAUAUUAUGGAUUAUUUGGAACCACCAAAGUCAUUAAAACCACCAUUUUAUACACAUGACAAAAUUAUUGAAACAAGCUUUAUGAUUGAUAAGGAUUCAAUCCGUAGCAUGAUUAAUAGAACUAGUGCCACAACUAUUCUCAACAAACAAAAGGCAAAACUAACUACGCUUGAAGAACCUUUCUAUGAGGUAUGUAAUGAAUAUAAUCAUAAUCAAAUAUUAGCUACAUUGGGGUUGAAUAAAAAAGAAUAUAGCCAUUUUGGGUCAAAACAGUCCAUUCCUGAAGAUUUGAUUGUUCAAAGAAUUUUGAAGUGUAAAAAUAUUAUCAGUAAAGAAGUAUUUAAAUGUUUUAGGGAGAAGAUCCAUUUUUUGCCCAUUAUAAAUACUCAUACUGAUUUGAAUUUAGGGGAUUGCUCUUACUUAGAUACAUGCCAUAAGAUGAAGACCUGUCGCUAUUUGCAUUAUUAUACACUUAAUCCCUUGUCAAAAAAAGAAGAUGAAGUUGCAAAUGAAUACAACAACGAAGAUAAAGACUUACAAUUGAAAGGAUUUGAAUACACCAUUGGUGAUUGUUUUACCGAAUCGUUUCGAGAAGUUUUACCUCCACAAUGGAUCAAUUGUGAUGUUCGCCAUUUACCAUUUUCAAUAUUAGGCAAGUUUUCUGCUAUAAUUUCUGAUCCAGCUUGGGAUAUUCACAUGUCUUUGCCUUAUGGGACAUGUAAAGAUGAUGAAUUGUUGUCUUUACCAAUGGAUGAGUUGCAAGAUGAAGGUAUAAUUAUGCUAUGGGUCACUGGUAGAUCCAUUGAAGUUGGAAGAAGAGCCUUGACCAAAUGGGGUUAUAAGAUUUACGAUGAAAUGAUUUGGAUUAAAUUGAAUCAAUUGAGAAGAACAAUUGUUACGGGACGUACUGGUCACUGGUUAAACCAUUCAAAGGAGCAUUUAUUGGUUGGAUUAAAAGGUGACCCUAUUUGGAUUAACAAACAAAUUGACAUUGAUGUUGUGGUUAGUCCAACUCGAGAAACUUCAAGAAAACCUGAUGAAUUUUACGAUAUUGUUGAGAGAUUGGUGGGUAAACAUUCAAGAAAAUUAGAAAUAUUCGGUAGAGAUCAUAAUACAAGACCAGGGUGGUUAACAAUUGGAAACCAAUUACAAGGUGUUUCAUUAUAUGAACCUGAACUUAAAUACAAGUAUGAUUUAUAUAUUGAGCAACAACAGCAGCAACUGCUGAAUCAACAAACACAACAACAUCAACUAACUCAUGAAGUUGAUUUUACAGCUAUGGAAAAUGUAUAA